GUCGGUUUCUGUCAAUUAUUACAUGAUGAGUGACACAUGAAACUUGUAAUUGACACCGAAACUCAUUCCUUCCUUGAUAUUUUAUGAUUUUUGUGUCACUUUCUCGUUUGUCUCAUGUUACGUUAAAUCACCUAUUCACAAAGAAAGACUGUUGCUCAUCCACUUAGGCUACCUGCUGUUUAACUGUACUCAAUAUCCCCUAAGCGCAUCAAGAAGUGGUACAGUCUCUGUUUGCAGGGAGGAAUUUGGGUCAGUCCACUGUGGGUCUCUCCUGAUCUAUUAGGGGGGGGCAUUAAGUACAUUCCUCAAUUUUGCAUUCCCACAUGUUCAGAAACGUAGAUAAAUAUACCAAGGAAAUUCAGAGAGUGGAAAAAAGUAUCGGAAUGCCAGACAGCCUGUUGGGGGGCGGGUAAUGAAUGCGUAAUUAACGUAUCUCCACCUCUCCACUCAUCCUGAGUGAGUGACUCCAGAAUCUAUUCGCAGCUGCUGUCCUGCCACUACGCCAAUCCGCAUUUGGAAUAGGAAAGAACAGCUGCUUAAACGUUAGGGAAAUUUGGGGGAACGUUAACGGGUCAUGCAGUCGUACAGGGUAGAAACGGUCCGGUAUCCAUAUCAGCAGAAUCAUGGCUGAAGACUACUGGGAGACGCGAUUGGCUUUGGGAUAUUGUUGCUAAGAUUACAAGGGCAUACGGGAUCCCGCGUCCUAGGAGAGGCUGAACGGUGGCUGCCCCUCCCCCCUCUGCGUCGCGCCCCCCCCUGCCGCCUCUGAUGGAUCGAAUGAGGAAGAUCAAGAGGCAGCUCUCUCUCACUCUCAGGGGGGGCAGCACUGGGGACAAGAACCUCAGUGAUUCCAUAGGCUCUCAGGACGCCACCUCCCACAGCGACUCAGAGGCCAUGCCGGGGCGUGUCCGGGGGGGCAGUGGCCCUGGUAGCAGUGUGCGGGGGUCCUCAGGCAGGGCGGGGGGCUCCCUCAGCAUGCACUCCCUGCUCCAGUCCUACAGCUCCCACCUGCGCCGACCACGCAGCCUGGGACGCAGCCUCAGCUCCUAUCUCAACCACACCACACGUCUCGAGAUCGUCCAUGAGGAUGUGAAGAUGGGCUCUGAUGGUGAGAGUGACCAGGUGUCGGCUACCUCCUCGGAGGAGGUCCACAGUCCUGUCAGGGUCCGCAUGAGGGACAAACCUGGACGCAAGAUCUCUACAGAGGAUAUAAACAAACGCCUGUCUCUGCCAGCGGACAUCCGACUGCCAGAUGGCUACCUGGAGAAGUUCAGCCUUAACAGCCCCUUGUUUGAUAAACCACUGAGCCGAAGACUGAGACGAGUCUCUCUGUCCGAGAUCGGCUUUGGGAAGCUGGAAACCUACGUGAAGCUCGACAAGCUAGGAGAGGGGACGUAUGCUACGGUGUACAAGGGUCGCAGCAAGCUGACCGACAACCUGGUGGCCCUGAAGGAGAUCCGACUGGAGCACGAGGAGGGAGCGCCCUGCACCGCCAUAAGAGAAGUGUCUCUGCUGAAGGACCUCAAACACGCCAACAUCGUCACCCUGCAUGACAUCAUUCACACUCAGAAGUCACUCACGCUGGUCUUUGAGUACUUGGAUAAGGACCUGAAGCAAUACCUGGACGACUGUGGCAACUCGAUCCACAUCCACAAUGUGAAGCUCUUCCUGUUCCAACUGUUGAGAGGUCUGAACUACUGCCAUCGGCGGAAGGUCCUCCACCGCGACCUCAAGCCUCAGAACCUGCUCAUCAACGAGCGUGGGGAGCUCAAACUGGCUGACUUUGGUCUGGCUCGGGCCAAGUCCAUUCCCACCAAGACGUACUCCAACGAGGUGGUGACUCUGUGGUACCGCCCCCCUGACAUCCUGCUGGGCAGCACUGACUACUCCACACACAUCGACAUGUGGGGGGUGGGGUGCAUCUUCUAUGAGAUGUCUACAGGCCGUCCUCUCUUCCCCGGCUCCACAGUGGAGGAGGAGCUGCACUUUAUCUUCAAACUGCUUGGAACUCCUACAGAGGAGACAUGGCCUGGUAUCACCUCCAACGAGGACUUCAUCUCCUACAACUACCCUCGUUACCGUGCCGACCGUCUGCACAACCACACCCCAAGACUGGACAAUGAAGGAGUGGAGCUGCUAUCUAAGCUGCUGCAGUUUGAAGGGAAGAAGCGCAUCUCAGCGGAGGAGUCCAUGAGACACCUGUACUUCCACAGCCUGGGAGAGAGAGUCCUCACACUGCCUGAUAGUACAUCAAUAUUUGCACUUCAAGACAUUCAGCUGGAGAAGGAGGCUGGAAUCAGAACCAGCUCCUUAUCUGACUCUGUGAACAGUAUAUCUCGACGCCAGAGCCUGCUCUUCUAAGAGAAGCGAGGGAGUUAGAGGCCAUGAAGCCCGGACAUUUCUUCUUGUGAUGAAGGGAUACAUAUUUAUCUUUCUACGAUGCCAGGUUUCUGCACUGGCCUGGUUGGUUCUGGUGGGUCCUGAGCAGAGGCUAGGAGGAUGGGUAGUUGUUUACAUAAGACAAGAAAAGGAAAGGGGGAGGAGAAGGAAGAGGAUGACAACUGUCUGAGUUUGCUCUUCAUACACACCCACCCACACACACACAAACAGGUUAUGUCCCCAUCUCUCUGACAGUAUGUUGUCAUCUCUAACUGACUAACCUGCCAUUCUUAUUUGUCAUGGCUACUGUGAGGUGUUUGUUUCCAAACUGACAAGGCAAUAUAGUUUAGUAUAGUAAUGAUAGGAAAACACCCCACAACCUUUCUUACUUAAUAAUUAUUAAUUAUGCAUUUGAUCUGAUUGGGACCAAAGUUCAUAUUAAUAAGUACAAAUAAAAUAAUAACAAUACAUGUUAUUUGUUUGGCACAUUUCAAGUUAUUAAAUUAUACAUAAUACAUAUUAGUAUAGUGACACCAAUAGAGUUUAUCUGUGUAUUUUUAGUAGAAGGUGUGAUGGCAUGAUGGUUGGCAGGGUUGGGGUCAUGGGUUAUAGAGGUGAUGUAACGUAGGGGCAUGAGAAACCAGCAGUAACUUUAUGUAGUCUUCCACUUCCUGCUUUCUGAGCUGAACCCCCCCCCCCCCCCCUCCCCCCAUAUGUCGACGCCCCUCUUCUCCACAUGCGUCAGUACAGCAAUGGGAGCAGAGGGCUGACAAGCAGGUAAACCACAGUAAAGGCUUCAGUAAAGAUAGCCGGCUGUAUUUAUGUUAAUUCUGCUGUGUGUUUGUGCUUAGGCCAGAGAGCACCUAUCAGUGUGAUGUAGUGCUGCAAUCGAGAGAGAGAGAGAUUGUUGUUCAUUUGUUCUGUUGGAAGCUAUUCUCUUAGCACUUAUCCUGUGAGUCUACUAGUAGGCAUGGCGUGGAGGACCUGGGAUUCUCUUUCUUUUCAGUCAUGUGUGUACUGAGCUUCCAUGUUCCAGAAUGUUAUUCACAACCCUGAUUGGUCAGUUGGUCAUGGACAAUUGUCCAAUCACAGAGGUGUCUUAUGUUUACAUCAUCCAAACGGUUGUAAGAGAGUUGAAAAGAAGAAUCAAAACAUUAGCUGGUGAAAAAAGGUUGGGUGGCUUUUUUAACACCUGUUAAAAGGACUGUUGACUCUUUGAAGUCCCUGUUGAAGUGUUUUUGCAUAAUCUGAAGUCUGUGAAGACAAAUGUAACAACUCAACUUGUAAAGAAGUCUCCACCUGUGAGUGUGACAGUGCUGGAUGGAGAGAUCUGAGCGUGCGGUGUGCCUCAGAUAACCCAUGUGUCAGUGCAGGAGCCCAGCGCGGGUGGAGUCUGUUAGAGACUCCAUUGGGAUAAUCUCUGAAGAGAGUAGACCUUGGCAGUGACUACAUGUAAACUUAGUAAGGUGUGUGUGUGUGUGUGUGUGUGUGUGUGUGAGAGAGAGAGAGAAGGGUAGUGUGAGAUCAGGAGAAGAGUCUCACUCAUGGCAGUGUGAUCUAAAAGCAGACUGUGGUACGAUAAAUUUAGGUAGUACUGACCAUGGGGGUGUGGUUCAGACUAGGAGAGUGGUUCUCAAACCUGGUCCUCAGGUACCCCCUGUCCUGCCUGUUUUAGACGUGUCCCUGCUCCAAAAACACCUGAUUCAAAUACAUGGGUCGUUAUCUAGCUCUGUAGAAGCCUGGUAACGAAUAUGCAUUUGAAUCAGGUGUGAUGAUGCCAAGAAACGUCUAACCAUGCAGGAGAGGGUGUCCCUGAGGACCAGGGUUGAGAACCACUGCACUAGGAGCAGACAGGACUGUGCAAUUAGAGGGGGACGACCCACGGCUCCCCUGGUUGUUCUCCAAGAUAACAUAUUUAUCCCCCCCGAUACAUUUAUAUAAUUGGCAAUAUUGCUAUUGUGUUCUUAAUUUUUCAUGAGAAGGAGAGUUGUUCUCAUAGAUGAUAUUGAUGUACUUAAAUGUAGAUAUUUUGGAUUAGUGUUUUUACAUUAUUUCUCUCAGUCUCGGUUAUUGGAUAUUGCUCUUCCAGAUCAGGGCUCACAGGGAGCCUGGGUGCUGAGACACAACUGUGGCCCACUCUGAAAGGGCUACUGAGAUGUGUUGGAGAGACCAUGUCUCCUGUUCCCGACUGGUUACGCAAUAACUGUUGCUGUUCUAACUACGCAAUAAACACUCAUUCCACAGUCCACCAAACCCCCCCCCCCAUUCAAAAUGCACCUGUGGAUCUAAUCAUUUGUAUUCCUGUAGUCAAAGUCAAUGUGGCGAUCAGAAACAUUCGUGUUCAAUUAAGUCACAAUCCAAGAUACAAAAUAAUCACUGUUUUCAUGACCCCUCUCUAUGGUUCAUAAAUAGUGAGAUUUUGAUAUCAUCAUUGAAGUGCUUUUUUUUUAUAUAUAUAAGGAAAUGUGACAUUGAGCCAAUAAUACAAAUAACAUACAAUUUGUCAUUUAUGGCAACAACAAAAAAAAUUCUAAUUAUUUAUAGAACUUGUUUUUCAUUUUGUUUUAACGUGCCGAUAUGAAGACAGUAUUAUUAUUUCACUAUGAUUGUUAGUUUACUUAUCUAAAGAAAGAGCUGGAUAUGAAUAGAAAAUGCAGCAAGGAUCUUCUGGAAGAGUCAGCUCCAGCACAUACUGCUCUGGUCAGGUCAUGGGUGUUGUGGAAAGAGGGUUCAAAAGGUGAAAUAUGAAUGACUGUAAACUGGUCUGUAUAAGUGUGUGUAUGUAUGUAUGUAAGUAUAUGUUAAUCCUAUCCAAUGAGGAAUAUCUACAAACACACAAGCAAUACCUAUGUAAAUGCACACUACACCUGGCCAACAUCUGAUUCAAGUUGUAAGUUGGAUCCAGUGUUUGGGAUAAACUAGGAGUGGCUCUUAUACAGAUUUAAUGUAAAAGGAAUGAUGUGUUCAUCCAUAGGGCCCUGUUUAUGAACUCUGGGAAAGUUAAAUAUGCUCUUAAGGAAGUGUCUGAUUUAACUAACAUUGGUUAGAUUAAAGGUUGUAGUCCUUCAUAUUAAUUUCACCUAUCUAGUCAACAGAUCAGUGGUGAAAAGAGGAAGGUUGUAUUUAUUCAAAAACAGCCUGGGAGAUCAGACAGGGUAACAUUUAGCUAGUACCACACAACAUAAUUUAACAGUGACAAAUGGAAUGUAUAAAUGUUUAGACCAGCUACAGUUCUCUUUUCUUUUCAACAAUUUGAAUCAGUGCUUGGCACAUUCCAUUCUUACCUACUAAUUAGUUAUUUAGUGGUAUAACUAUUUGAAAUCUGCCUGAUCUCACAUGGUUAUCAUGGAUUCAUACUUGAUAUCUAUCUAGAAUCAAUCUGAUAUGAACCACGACGUGGAAGGAUAUGAUUGACUCUAGUAUUAGACAAAGGGAAAAUACCAUCAGGAAGGACUGCUUGUCUAUUCUGCUGUGAUUGAAGAGACAAGCUGUGCCUAUGUGGGUCAGGGUUGUUAUUGGUAUUACACUACUUUUCACCCACAGCACACUUCUGACUGUUGAGAUCACCUCUGGGCUGCAACACUCGCUCUUCCAGGGCCAUACACACAGAGAAACCACUUCCUUCACUGCUCACGUUAAGCCAGACAAUACACCAUUAUUCCACCACAUGUCUGAGCUGGACAAGGCAGGCGUUGUCCCUUCUAGCUCUGGUCUAGCUUCAGUGAUGAAUCUGUGUCAAAUUGGUUUUGGAUGUUUUCAUUGCACAGCUGGAAAUUAAAUGUAUCUAUAGACUGGACUGGACUGGACUGGUGGAUAUAUAUAUCAUAAUUUCAGUCACUGGCCAAUAUUACAUGUGUCGGUGAUUUAUUAAACCAGUCUUUACAAGUGUCUGGAAAUUCUAAAUAUCUUUGAAUGUAAUUUUACUCCAAACGCUUAAAUGUUUCAUUUUAUCAUAUCCAAUAAUGGCAUCUUAGUUUUACUUGAAUGUUAUUUGUAAUAACAAUAAUAUUGUCAAAUGCAAUUGAGUUCAAAAUUCUUUUGGGGUAGACAAUAUCUUAAAUGUUUUUCUGACCUGAGGAAAUCUUUUAUUUUACAACUUUGUCAAAUUGUGGUCACAUUUAGAGUCGUUUAUAUAUGCCCAAUAAGAGAACUGUCUUUUGUAAGAUCUGGUUUUAUUACAUUUUAACAGGAAUUUCAAUAAUGGCCUAUAGAGUAUAUAAUAUGACAAUAUGUGGUUGAUAGACAAUAGCCUACUUUCAGCCCACUAUAUCCUAGCACAGAGAAUGCACGGCUCCAUGUGUAUGGUGAAAGAGUUGUGUUUGUGGCUGCCAUAAGCUUUUGCCUCAGUCCAAAUACCAAAGUUAUCUGCAAUAUUGCAUGAUAUGAUUCUUCCAGACUCCGCUCAGAACACUGUCCCCUUUGCUGUGUCUUUGAGCCAGCCAUCUUCCAAGUCUCUGUUCAAAAAAAUCUAAAAUGCUAUACUGAGUCAUACAUACUUGUAACAGAAGUUCAAGUAUGGGAAAGAAAAAAUAAAUGUUGUAAGAUGAUGUUCAUUCAAUGUAUUCUAAAUAUAUAUAUAGUUCAAUAAAAAGCUGUACAUUUCUCAAAAUUGUUCACCGUUGAGUCAUUGAUUUUAUCUUCAUGUACACUAUUUACAUUUGUGCUCACAUAUGUCGAAUUUGAGUUCACUGAAUUUUGUUCUACUUGAAUUUCUGAAGCUUGAAUUGUUUAUUUAAUUUUGAAGAUGUGAAUUUUACUGUUUUGAGCAACCUGCGUUUGGAGCUGCUCUCUCAGCGCCUUGAGUUCCCUCAAAACAUCUUCAUGCUCCCGGUCCACACAUAUGGUACCGCUGGCCCCAUAGUCGUGGUCCACGACCAUCGGGACCACGACGGGUUGCUCGAUGUCCUCCUCUGGCUCGGCCGGGUCAGGUUCCGGACUUGGUGGUCGGGAUCGGCUCUCCCCAACACCGGCUCGUGACUUCUUGAUGUAAUUAUUCCACUCAAAUAACGAAGGAACAGAGCCUGCUGCUAAAAUCCGUCUACCCUUAGCAGUAGUGUGGAUUUCAUGGUCCUGGAAAUGUCGACUGCACACCUUGGUGUGUUGGGUCACCGAAAAUUCCACCCUCCUUACUUUGUGCAGCCACCGCGCACGAAGGCAGAUGUCUUUCGGGAAGCAGUGGAAGCUCAAUUGGCUGUUAUAACGACUUGAAGCCGAGCAAAGUGGCACACAACAGUGCUCCUUAGACCCAACCACAGAACAUUGAAACUUAAAUGAGUCACGUACAUUAUAUUUCUUUUUCC